GAGAGCCAUGUGCCUUCGCAUUGAAGUAUAGAGCCAUGUGCCCGCUCUUGGAAGUAUAAAAUCAUGUGCUUGUUCUGGAGCAUUUUGAACAUGUUGCUUAUGGGCGGAGUUUUGCUUUGGGAGGCGUUUUCAGUGGACACUGGCUUUAUCCGCACCUUAUUAUUCUGUGACGUCACCCAGGUCGACGCUGUCCCUUCAAACAUUUCUCAUCCGGAUCAUCAUCAUUGUUCGUUUUUCCCUUUGGGGACGGAGGCCAGCGGUGUCUGCAGUCAACUCACGUCAGACCGCAUCAAAACACCCAAACAGCGAGCAAAGAUCCGCUGAUUUACAGGCCCAUUGUGACUGCAGGCUUUCGGUCCACCAUGGCCCAAAACCAGGUGAUUUUGCAGUUUCGGUUUGCUACGUUUGGAGACUCCAUGCUGCAGAAGAUGAACCUACUUCGCCACCAGAGAAGAUUUUGCGACGUAACUGUCCGCAUUAACCACCUGGACGUCUCUGGACAUAAAGUGGUUUUUGCUGCUGGUUCUUCUUUUUUGAGAGAUCAAUUCAUCCUGCAACAAGACUCCAGGGAGGUCCAAAUAUCUAUGAUCCAAGAAGCUGAGGUGGGGAGGCAGCUGCUGUUGUCUUGUUAUACUGGACAGUUGGAGUUCCCCGAAUUAGAAUUGGUACAUUAUUUGACAGUGGCCAGCUUUCUUCAAAUGGGACACAUCGUGGAGCAGUGCACGCAGGCGCUAAGUAAAUUUAUCAAGCCUCAAACAUCACGCCAGCUAGCAGUGGAUUUGAGGAGGGACAAAACCAAGGACUCCCCUCCGCUCGCUUUGAGGGAGCAGGCUCAAGAGGACCAGCUAAUCCAGCAAAUUGAGGAUGAAGAUUCGAAUCACGCUGAAGAUGAAGAGGAUGAUGAUGAUGAUGAUGAUGUGAUAAUUGAACCCAAAACACCACCCACAUUUCUAAACAGACAACCCAAACAUGAGGAUGAUAUUGCUAUAGUCAAAGUGGAGUCUGUGUCUGAAAUUGAGGAAAACACGAUCACAGGUCAGUUUCCAUCUAGUCCAGUCGCUUCCAUGAGAUCUCCUGAGCCACAGCAUUCACUUAUCAAUUCAACAGUGGACAGUAGAGGAAGUGACAUCGCCCUUCCUCCUGCUUUGUCAAACUAUACUUUAAGCCCGCCUCCGUCUUCCCCAUCCAAUGAAAAAUCUCACCAAAGAGGGUAUGACAAGCCGCCACAGUGGUACCACCAAUGCCCAAAGUGUGCAAGGGUUUUCCGGCAACUGGAAAACUAUGCCAACCAUCUGAAAAUGCACAAGCUGUUUAUGUGCCUGCUCUGUGGAAAAACAUUUACGCAGAAAGGCAACCUGCAUCGGCACAUGAGGGUGCACGCGGGCAUCAAACCAUUUCAGUGUAAAAUUUGUGGAAAAACUUUUACUCAAAAGUGUUCGUUGCUUGAUCAUUUGAAUCUUCACAGUGGGGAUAAGCCACAUCGAUGCAACUACUGCGAAAUGGUGUUUGCGCAUAAGCCUGUGCUAAGGAAACAUCUCAAACAAAUACAUGGAAAGAAUAGUUUUGAUAAUGCCAAUGAGCGCAGCCUGCAUGAAGGCAUGGAUUUUGACUUUGGACGAAUUUGAGACAUUUUUGAAGUUGAAGGACUGAAGAUUUAUGAAUUUUAAAAUCCAAAAGUGAUGUAAUACAAAGUAGAUAAUUGCACUUUGACAUUCGAAUUCCAAAAAGCAGGGGCAUUGGGUGUAAUAAUGGAUGUAAUAUUUACUCCAAAUGAAUUACUAAGUUCUAUAGGCUGCCUUCCUUGUCUUAUUCUAUUUCAUACAAAAAUAAAUAAUCCUAGUGGUACAAUAUCACUAUUCUAGUAAUUAUUAAGUCAUCGAUAUAGUGGCUAAUGAAAUCAAAUAAAAAUUGUAUGAUAUUGAACCUCUUCAUUGGAUUAUAUGGUUGGUGGUGUAGUCAAGUGAGGCAUCUGCUACUCAAGACAUUAUCUUGUAAGUUUAGUGACAGUACUCAAAUACCCAAUUUCUAGGUACAGUCAGAUUGGGGUAGAGAAGCUAAAAUCGUUUCUUAUUACUGUUCAUCUUAGUCUGAUUUUUGUCUGUCAUUAACUUGGGGAGGACUUCGGGGAGAAAUUCCUUAGUUAUCCAGUUGAAGGCUUAUAUCAAGCAUUCCUUUGCAUGAGUGCUAACUACUCUGCCACCAUGUGCACCCCUCCCCACACACACACACACACACACAGAUACGUAGUAUUGCUUUACAAAGCAAAUUUAUGUAGCUAUUCCUAUGGACUGUUCUUGUGGCAUGAUGUUGCUGCCUUUACAUUUUACUUGAACCCAAAGCGCUUAAGGUACGAAAGUAGCUGUAUAUAAUUACUUAUAAAGGUACUAUAUUAUGCUAAAUCACCAGGAAAUCCACCCUUUUUAUUUAAAAUCCACACACUUUCACUUGAACCUCUUCCGUCCUCAGUGCGUAGCAUUUUGUAUGUAAAAAUUCAAGGCUGAAUGACUUUUACUUGUUGGAUUCAAAAGAAUUGUAAUACAAUGUUUUAAGUUCUAAAACAUGAAAGAUCAAUGCUAGUGUGUCCAAAGGUAGUUGAAAAAGGCACAAGAAUGCAUAAUAUAGGACCUUUUUAAUGUUUGAUGUCUCUAGUAGAUAGAUAAUGUAUGGACCAAAAUAUCACUAAAUGAAUGAACCUUGUGGUAUCUGCUUGCUUGUCUAUUAUUGCUAUUCUUAGUUUGGUGCAACAGUGUUAUUCAUGUUGAUUACUAUAUGGACCUGCCUUUUUGUUAUAUGGUAACAAUCAACAAUCCAAUUUUGACCAAUCUCCCCUCUAUUUCAGCAUAUCUGCCGGUUUUCCAUAUGUACAAUUUUACAGAUAAUUUUUUAAAAAGUUCAAGCAGAUCUUUAUUUCAGUCGCUCGUGUUAAAUAUUGUGUAGCCAUUUAAACUUGCCUGAACAGUUAAGAAAAGUACUAUUGCUAAACCAAAAAGAUGUGUUUAAAUGUGUGUUGAACCAGUGUGUUUCUGUCUUGUAUUAAUAAAAGUUAAUGUGACUAAAGUAAAUCAUGUGUUUACAACCAACAAACCCAGGACCCCCACUGUAAAAUUAAAUCAGCAUUUGUUGCAAAACAUGAAAUCUAGUCAUAUUGUGUUCAUUUUGGUAGUUUAUUUUGUUAUUUG